AUGAAGACAUCUGUACUUUAGUCAAAGGAUAUAAAUACACUUUCUAAUAACAUACCGCAGCUACCUCCUAAAAAUCCAAAUACCUUCAAAAAGUAGACAGGAGGAGGAAGUGGAACUAAUAAAUUUAUUUUAUAAGAAGAUAAAAAAAAGAAUCGUGAAAACACUUAUUCAGUUAACUUAAUUCCUACUUCAAAUUCUAGAAAUGGGCAGUACCCACAUGAAAUGUAUUCGAACUAAAAUUUAACAACAAUACCAUCAUCAACUAAAUAGAAAGGAAGUCAUAAGAAAAAGAGAAGUGUUAGUAAAUCUUCAAAAGCGAGAGCUACAUCUCCUGUUCCAUUUAGUUCAUUUAAUAUAGGUUCUUAGGCAGAUGCUAAUAACACUUUACAACAAAUAGGUAGCAUCAAUAAUAAUAAUUCAUUAAUUUUAAAGCGAAGUCUUGUUAACUCAUUAAAAAGUAACUCAAAUAAUUAAUUGAAUCUUUAAAUUAGCUUGAGUUAAAGCAAUAAUGGUAAUAGCUCUCCUCUCAUUAAGACAACAACCUCUAAUUAAUUAAACAACGUCAAAGGCAAUAAUUCGCCUUACGAAGGUACCAAUAAAAGCUAAGGCUUGAAAACAAACAAAACAGCUAGUAAUUUUAAAAUAUCUAAGAGCAUUAAUGGAGGUUAAAGGAAAAAGAGCUUAAUUAGCUUGGAAUAAUCACAAUCAAUUAAUUAGAAUGUUACACAAGAAUUAAAUAAUUCAAACAACUAUGGUCUCAAACCUUAGGCCUCUAUCAGAAUAAGAAGCGGAAAGAUAUUGAAUAGCUCUAUAGUUGGAACCUCCUCUUAAAACUAAAAUUCAAGCAACAAGCUUGUAAAUCAGCUCAGUGAAUUAAGUUCUCUUUAAAAUAGCUAAUAAAAGACUGGCGAAAGAAUUGUUGAUAGGAAUGAAAGAAGUGUCAAUAUUUUCAGAGUAGAAGAAGAAGGUUAAGAAAAUAUAAAUUCUAUUCAAUACACUCAAUUCAACUACAAUUACAAUGAUGAUCAAGAUGAGAACUAUAAUCUCUUCGAUAAUUACAAUAACUCUUCUGCUGCUCUUAACAGUAUUUAAAAUACACAAGGUAGUCUUAACAAACUUAAUUUCACCAACUAGUUGCACCCUACAUAAAGGCAGAACAAUAAUACUGAAGUUAUUCAAGGAAGCAGACUGGGAGAUGAUCUUCCUAACAGCAGGAAUAAAAAAAUUCGCUCUAACUCUUCAAAAAGAAGGUCAACCUUUUCUAAUUCUUUAAGUAUGAGUAGCAAUAACAAUAACAAUAGGAAGGGUACAUUGAUCUUAAAAAAUGGUGAAGUGUAAAGGGGAGAUGAUUAUGUUAAUGCAGAAAACACAAUAAGUAUUAAGCCUCAAUAGAAUAAUAUUCUUAGAUUGUAAUUUAAUACAAAAAAGCAUAACUGGAGAGAUCUGCUUAGAAGCUAUUUAUAAUAAACUCAAUAUGUAGAAAUUCAUUUGUCUUUUCAUGACAUUAUUGUUGAGAUUUAUGAUGGUCUUAUUUUUAAUAAUCAAAUGAGAUGUUUAAAAUAUCUUAACUUAAAUUUCAAGGAGAACAAAUAUUUCAAUGAUUAAUCACUUCUAUUUUUAAGCGCUAUUAAGUUAUCUUAGCUAGAAAGAGUUAAGAUUAAUUUAGUUUCCACUAAUUGCUCUAGAAUAGGAGCAAAUUUCUUGCUGUUUGAUUUCAACUAUGUUCCUCAUGUGGAAAUUAUUGUGGGAGACAUCUCCCAUGAAAAAGUUCACAGAUACACUCAUGAAGAGAAAUACAUAGCAAUUGAUUUCUCUGACCAAAAAACGAUUAGCAGAUCAGAAAUUUUAAGUUUAUCUGAUUCUGUUUUUAAGUCAAACCACAAAUUCCUUUCAGUUAUACUUGACGGUGUAACAGAUCUAAAUGAAGAAAAACUCAAAAUACUAGGGAGAUGCAUCUAAGAAGUAGUUGAGUUGCAUAUUUCAUUUUAAAACUGCAAUAUGACAUUAGACGAUUUAACAUAAUUUAUUGAUGGACUCACAUAUAUAAAUACUCGUUCAGCAAUAAAUGUUAUUCCUACAAACCAAUUAUCUUAAAAUUCAACAAAAAAUUAAUAAUUACAAUAAGACCCAGAUAAAAUUAUUUAUGAUGAAAACGAUGAAGAUAUUUUGGCUAGCAAGCCAAUAAGUUUUUUUAUUAAAAAAGGAAUAAAUACUAAUUAAAAAAAUAAUAAUAAUUAAACAAAUAUUUCUAUGGAAUAAACUAAACAGGAAAAUGAAAUAAUCUAAAAGCUAUCGAUAGAUUUCAGAUCUAACAAGCAAGAAAUAAAUUAAAAAUUCAUGAAGAUAUUUAGGAGAUUCACAUCUGCAAACACUUUAAAAUUGUUUGUUGAUAUAGACAAAUAAGUAAAACUCUAAUUUGAUAAAUAAAUUUAAGCUUUUUGUUUGGGUGAAACAAUAAAAGACUAUUUUAAUUGCAUUCAAAUAGCUGUUUCAUAAAGCUAAAUUAUCUACUACCAUGAUAAGAAUACCAAGUCUAUAAAAAUAAAUGCAUCUAACUGUGGAAUAUCUGCAUAUCAAUUAGUCGAUAUAUAGAGGUCUUUAAAUUUCUUGGAAGACAUUACAGAUAUGGAGUUAGAUCUAAGUGGCAAUUGGCAAAUAUCUUACAACGACAUUAAAAAAAUGUUUGAUAAGUUGGUUUAUUUUGAUAGACUAAAGCGUAUUAGGUUAAACAUAAAAAGCAUCUACAUUUACGAAGUCGAAUUUAUCACUCUUUACUUCCUUGUAAAAAGAAUACCAGACAUGGAAAUUCUUCAUGAUUUUGAGAAAUCUAGACUUUUAGAUCUGACGAGCGAGUAGCUUAAACUUAAUUUCAAAGGUCCCUUCAGAAGGAGUAAAAUCAAUAACAUACUUGAUAUGCAAAAUUUUUGUCUCGCUCUUGACAAUUGCCCACUUUUAAACCUCAAAGAUAUUCAAAUGAAAUUUUUCUUCAAUUAUGGCUUAAGAGGAGACUCUCUCUUGCGUCUUUGUUAAAGUUUAGGAAGAUUCCCUAGAAUAGAAAAAUUAGAUUUAAAUUUCAAUUCAUGCUUCUUAACAUUUAACGACAUUGUCUUCUUCUGUAAUGGUUUGAAUAAUAUUGACAUUACUCUCAAAUAGCUGAGAUUAACUUUUACCAAUAACGAGUAUAUUACUUCAAACAGUCUCAUAAAGUUAGCCAAAGCUCUUUAAAGGUUCCCUAUCUUAGAUUAGCUUGACAUAAUAUGCGAGUCACAUGAGUUGCACCUAAACCCAACAAUAAACUCCUAUUAGCAUAUUUUUAAUAAAUUCAAUACUAAAACAGCAGUAUCUCGUAGAAAUCCUAGACAAAAGCUUUAAGUAUAAAGAGUGAUACCAAAAAUUUAUUAAGUGCUAGCUCAUGAUGUAGAAUUUGGCUAUCAACCAAUGUAAGACCUCUCAAAAUAUAUGAAAUAGUGCUAGAAUUAGUAUUUCUCUUAAUUUGAGAUCCCAUUUUAGAUUGAAGACAUCCCAUCACCUUUGGAUGAAAAUGCCAAUUUGAUUCCCUAACCUAGCAUCUAAUCUGAGAAUUCUAUCUCUGAAAAACCUCCAAUACUCCCUGCAUUGCUUUAAAUUGAUGAUGUUGAACCACCAAAGAGAAGCAAAGUAGUUAAAAGCACAGAAUUAAAUUGGAUUUCUCUAUAAUUCAUGGAAGGAGUUCUUUAUACUGACUUUGAACUAAUGAAUCUAGGAUAUUCUCUUGCACUAUAAGAAACUAUAAAUCAUAUAAUCACAGUACCAUAAAAACCAAUAUUAGAAAAAAUCUUCAACGAAAUUAAAACUGCUCGUUUGGCAGGAAUAUUAUUCUCAAUAUUAGUCACUCCAGAAAUGUUAUUUGACCCCAUAUAAAUAUUCUGCGAUCUUUAUCUAUGA